CAAGUUACCGCAUACAAUGCUGGUCCGCCCGCAUUGUUCCUCAAACUCAAGAUCCCGUUAUCUGAACCUCGGCACGUUCUGAUAACUCGGUUCUCCGCAAUUCUUCACGCGGCCGAUUGCGAUCGCCCAAUUCCUUUUCUACCUACCGGUUCUUGUCCCUGUCCAAUUCAAAUAGGACCUGGCCUGCCCUUAUCCUCCAUUCUUCUCUCUCCCAGGACACCUUGCCUGGAAUUGCAUCUCCGCAUACACUCAAGCUUUCUCCGCACCACCUCCACAGCGCCAAUACACUGUCCACGAAGGUUCAAAUCACAACAUACCAACCCUCAUCGCCCCAAAAUGACCACCUCAGCCCCGGCGAAAGAGUUCACAGGUUGGGUCGCCCACGACGCCACAAACCCUCUCACCUACACAACCUUCACCCCGAAACCCUUCACCUCUACUGAUAUCGAAAUCCGGGUCACCCACUGCGGCAUCUGCGGCACGGACGUACACACCCUCCGCUCGGGCUGGGGUCCAACCGACUACCCCUGCGUCGUGGGCCACGAAAUCAUCGGUAUAGUCGAACGCAUCGGCACCGACGUUCCUACCCUCCCCACCUCACACGCCUCAGCCUCCAUCCGCGUCGGCGACCGGGUCGGCGUCGGCGCGCAAAGCGGUGCCUGUCUCCGCUCCGAUUGCGAAGCCUGCGCCGACAGCGAAGAGAGUUACUGUACCCGUAUGACGGGUACGUAUAACGGGCGAUAUCCGGAUAAGAGCAAGUCUUAUGGAGGAUUUGCAGCGCGGUGGCGUGGACCGGCGCAUUUCGUAUUCAAAAUCCCCGAUGCGCUGCCCAGUGCGGAGGCUGCGCCUUUGCUGUGCGGUGGUGUAACUGUCUUUGCGCCUCUACGAAAGUACGGUGCCGGUCCGGGGAAGACCGUUGGUAUCAUCGGUAUUGGAGGGUUGGGCCAUUUGGGUGUUCAGUUUGCGAAAGCGCUCGGUGCCGAGCGGGUCGUUGCGAUUUCGCGGUCUUCGAGUAAGAAGGCCGAUGCGGUGCAGGGACUCGGUGCAGAUGCGUUUAUCGCUACGGGGGAGGAGAAGGGGUGGGCGAAGACGUACUCGCGAAGCAUUGAUAUUCUACUCUCAACGGUUUCUGGUCCUGGGAUGCCGUUGGGUCAGUAUUUGCGAUUGCUGAAGCGGAAUGGGGUGUUUGUGCAGGUUGGAGCGCCCGAGGAUGCGUUGCCGCCCUUGACGGCGUUUUCGUUGAUUCAGAAAAGCGUCAAGGUGACUGGGUCGAAUAUAGGGUCGCCCGAGGAUAUUCGACAGAUGUUGGCUUUGGCGGCUGAGCAGCGGGUGUUGCCGUGGAUUCAGAAAAGGCCGAUGGAGGAUGUUAAUGCGGCCUUAAAGGAUAUGCAUGAUGGGAAGGCGAGGUAUCGGUAUGUUCUGGAGAAUGUAAAUGAAGAGGCGCAAGCGAAGCUGUAAAUUUCGAGCACGGUAUAUG